AUGAGCACACAGGGUCCCAGCCCCCUGGCCUUCCUCACAGCUCCUGUCACUCCGGGCAGCAGCACAGAGGCAGCAGACUCCCUCCCCAUGCUCAUCGCCCUCGCCUGCAUCUUCCUCCUGCUGGCCAGCUGUUUGCUGUUCAUGACCCUCUGCAAACCGGCAGCGCUGGACCCGAUGCAGCGCCGGGCUCGGGAGUGCAUGCCCCACCACCCUGGGAGUCCCAGCGAGCCCCAGCUCCGGCUCUGGAAGCGCCUGGGCUCUCUGCGCCGCUCCCUGCACAGCUUCCGCAGGGGCAGGCCCGCUCCCCGACGCCCCCUGCCGGGUUGCAAUGACAGCCGGGACUGUGACUGCGCGGAAUCCACCAAAAUGUGACCAGGUGCCAAAGCCAAGUGUGGAUUCCAAUGGGAGUUGCUAAAUGGCCAAGUGUUCCCUCCAGGCAAGCAAAAUACUCAGCCCACAUGGGGGGCAAGGUACUGUUUUUCUC